AUAAGUCGCCGCGAUGACCAAAAAGAAAAAAAAAAAAAAAGAAAAACCAACAAAAAAACUCCGCCUGAGAACGAAGACUGAGUCGACUCGCUCUUCAACACGAUGGGAGGAGGAGACGUCUCUAAAGAGAUGGGAGCAUACCGCCGCGGAGAUCACAAGCUACGCAAGUUCGUAACGGCGAGGAGCACUAAGUUCCUCAUACUCUCCUGCAUCGCCUUCGCGUUGAUCACACUCGCUUGCCGAUCUUCUCGGCCUUGGUUCAACACUUCAAUCGCCGUCGCGGAUCAGAUCUCCAGAUCAAGGAAAGGGUAUACACUGUUGAUGAACACAUGGAAGAGAUACGAUCUUUUAAAGAAGUCUGUUUCACACUACGCGUCUUGUUCUCGGCUUGACUCUAUCCACAUUGUGUGGAGUGAGCCUAACCCUCCUUCAGAGUCUCUCAAGGAGUAUCUUCAGAAGGCUAUAAAGAAGAAAGCUAGAGAUGGACAUGAGGUUGAGCUUAGGUUUGAUAUAAACAAAGAAGAUAGUUUGAACAAUAGGUUUAAAGAUAUUCAAGACUUGAAAACAGAUGCUGUGUUCUCGAUUGAUGAUGAUAUUAUAUUCCCUUGUCACACUGUGGAUUUUGCUUUCAAUGUUUGGGAGAGUGCUCCAGAGACUAUGGUUGGGUUCGUGCCUCGUGUGCAUUGGCCUGAACAAUCGAAUGGUAAAGCUGAUUACUACACCUACAGUGGAUGGUGGUCUGUUUGGUGGAGUGGUACAUAUAGCAUGGUACUCUCAAAAGCAGCUUUCUUCCACAAAAAGUACCUAAGCCUUUACACGAACGACAUGCCUGCAUCUAUCAGAGAAUUCACAACCAAGAACAGGAACUGUGAAGAUAUUGCAAUGUCAUUCCUCAUCGCAAAUGCUACAAACGCUCCUCCUAUAUGGGUUAAAGGUAAGAUAUAUGAAAUAGGUUCAACAGGAAUCAGUAGCAUAGGAGGGCACACAGAGAAAAGAACACACUGCGUAAACAGGUUUGUAGCAGAGUUCGGAAGAAUGCCACUUGUAUACACUUCAAUGAAAGCCGUUGAUAGUCGCAGUUUAUGGUUCUGGUGAUUGCUCUUUCUCUUCCACUGUGGUUACUACUGCUCUUCACUUUCUAGCCUAGUGUAUGAUGUACCCUAUUGUAACUUUUGUAACAUUACUGUGAGAAAAGAAACUCGUUUUAUGCUAGUAAAAAUGAGUUAUAUGUAUAUUCAUACACUGAUGAUCGUUACAUGUUUCAAAAAAUUUCAAUAGUGUUACAAUAUCUGUGGAUAGUGUUUUACUUUA